AACUCAGUCUGCCGUCGACCACCGCGGCGGUUAUACGAUACAGUAGUUCUUGCCAGUUUGUUCCAAAAAUACACGAGAUAAAAUAUCCUAAGAUGGGUCCACCUAUUUAUUACACGACCAGUGUGAGAUGUAAUUUACAAUGUGCACAAAUUUUUUUUCUCAGACCGUAAUGAGAAUUGUCGGUGAAGAAAAUUCGAAUCGGAAAAAACCAACAUUUACUUCUCCACGAAAACCUAAAGAAAUAAAGAAGAGAAUCCACAUUGAUGAAUUCGACUUCAUCAGUUUUUGUUGUUAUAAAAUCAAAACAGAUAAAUAAAUAUAUUUUUUUAUAAUGUACUAUAACAGUGAUAGCGUUUUUUUUUUAUUUUCUUAUUAAGAAAUGUUAAUUUGCUCAUAAAAUUGUUUUGUAUCGUAAAUUAUAAAAUAUAAUAAACAUGCAUUUGAAUAUGCAUUUAUUGUUUAACCAAGAAAUAGAAAAAUACCAUAUUACAAUUACGUACCCAUUACAUUAAUUCUAACAUGUUAUUCUGAGAUUUAUCUGCACUUAAAUAUAAUAUCGUGUGCGUCUUGUCAAUCACGCCCUGCCCCGUCUAACCCCGCCACAUACCUCAGACUGACUAGCGCUUCCGCGCGCACUAUAAUAAGCAGCUCGCGGAUCAUCACUCCGGUCAUUCUCAGUAAUCCGAAACGAUAAUUCGGCUGCGACACGAAUAUUAAAAUAGUGAUUCACCCUUGAAAUUGAUUGAAUCAAAACUAAUCACCACGGAUAACUCAUUUCGCUACCAAAUCACUCGAUGCCUUUCGUCAGAGUGACACGCAUGCAGCGUAUGUUUUAUGCGUAUUCUAAUUCAAAAUAUCAAAUAACGACACGUGUUAUAGUAAUCGUAAAGACAAUUUUUAGGUCGCGACUAAUAAAACUGUGCAGACAAACAUGAGGUGUCUCGGACUGCUGUUCUUCUUGGUGUGCGUGGUGACGUCAGCGCGCGCGUACCACGUGCUCUGCGUGUUCCCAGUACCUUCGCGCAGCCACAACUCCCUCGGCAAAGGGGUAGUCGAUGCUUUGCUUGGAGCUGGCCACGAGGUGACAUGGGCGACUCCGUUCCCUCCUAAAGAACCAACUAAAGGCCUGAAAAUAAUCGAUGUGAGCGCCACAAUAUCUUUAGGUCAAAUGAUAGACAUGCACCAAGUAAGAAACGAUAUUCCUGGUAUUGUGAAGAUCAAGACCUUCGCUACCAAUAUCACGAGGCUGUCCCUCUCGAUACCAGCGCUGCAGCAGGCGGUCAUCAGCGGGAAAUAUGACGCGGUCGUCACAGAGUCUUUCUUCAACGAUGCUGAGGCGGGCUAUGGGGCAGUACUUCAAGUGCCCUGGAUCAUGUUGUCCGGCGUCUCCGUUAUGCCCCCGUUGGAAGCCAUCGUCGAUGAGGUGCGGUCGGUCACCACCAUACCGCUGAUGUUCAACAAUGCCCCAAUCCCCAUGGGCUUCUGGGACAGGCUCAUAAAUAUCAUCAUCUACAGCGCCAUGGCGAUAUUUCAAAGGCUAAACCGCCCCAAGACAGCGGCGCUCUACGAGUCCAUAUUCGCGCCGCUGGCCGCCGCCCGGGGGGUGACGCUGCCCCCCUUCGAGGAAGCCCUGUACAACGUGUCGCUGGUGUUUGUGAACUCCCACCCGGUGUUCACUCCGCCCAUGAGCCUGUCCCCGAACAUCGUCGAGAUCGGGGGCUACCACAUCAACCCAAAAACACCCCCCUUGCCGAAGGACCUACAGCAACUCCUGGACUCGUCGCCGCAGGGCGUGGUGUACUUCAGCAUGGGCUCGGUGCUCAAAUCGUCCAAACUGUCCGAACGAACUAGACGAGAGAUAUUGGAAGUGUUCGGGUCUAUACCGCAGACGGUGCUGUGGAAAUUCGAGGAGGAACUCAAGGAUCUACCGAAGAACGUUAUCGUUCGAUCCUGGAUGCCACAGUCCAGUAUCCUGGCUCAUCCGAACGUGAAGGUCUUUAUCACGCACGGCGGCUUACUCAGCAUCCUCGAGACCUUGCAUUACGGAGUACCGAUCCUCGCUGUGCCGGUGUUCGGAGACCAGCCCUCGAACGCCGACAGGGCUGUCCGUAGCGGAUUUGCGAAAAGCAUACAGUACAAGCCUGAUAUGGCUAAGGACAUGAAGGUGGCUCUGAAUGAUAUGCUGAGCAAUGAUAGCGCAGCGCGGAACCGCUGGAGUUGUGCACCGAUGGCAUGACAGACAGAUGCAGAGCAGCCCGCCAACCAGCAGUGUGGCGCAGUGUUUGUGCGUGUAUCAUCCCGAAGGUGUAAGAGCGGAAAAAAAAGGUGUAAGAGCUCACGUAAUAAAGUGGAUAAAGCGUCAGCACCAGUGCUACGGUCCGUUAUAUAUUUCGCAGAAGAUCGAAUGUAGUAGUACCUAUAUGCCAAUAGUACUAGACGAUGCCCGUUUUUUUUUUUUGAUAACGCCAUCUUGUGGUGUCUUUAAAGCGCUUAGUUGCCCUCAAUUAAGAAAAAUAAUAUUAUUAUUCGCCAAUAGAUGUCGGGAAGAGUUGAUUAUUCAAAACACGAAUAAAACAACAUUUUCUGAAACUAAAUCGUAGCUAGAUCGAUUUAUCGCCCCCGAAAUCCCCUGUAUACUAAAUUUUAUGAAAAUCGUUGGAGCCGUUUCCGAGAAUAAGAUUAUAUUAUAAUAAUAUAUACAUUAAUAUACAAGAAUUGCCCGUUUAAAGGUAUAAGAUUAA